AUGUCCUCUCCACCGUCCUCGUUGUCUUCGUCGUUGUCCCCGUCGAGCCCCUUGACCUCGCUCUCCGUUGGCUCCUACCCAGGUGCCUUGCCCGAACUUCGAGUCCGGUUUGACGAAGAAUGCGUCCUCAUUCCGGAACCAAUUUCACCAUCCAGGAUGCCUCGUCUUGUCCGGAAAUCUUACUCCUUGCCAUUGUGGAAGAGAAAGUCGCCGGAUUCUGUCUUGUCGUCAAGCCCUGAGAUGGAGGAUGAGCAUGUUGUCUUCACAGUCUCAGUUCCAAGCUUCACCACGAAGUCACGCUCACCAACGCGUUCUGAAGCUCUUCUCCAGCCGCUGGUGCCCUGCAUAGUGGAUCACGCCUCCCCCAAAUCUCCCGAGUUGCGCGGGCGCCACGCCCGAAAUCCAUCCUCUCCCCCUCUUUCGCCGCGCGCUGAUAUUGAAACGGUUCCCUUACUGCCGUGCUGUCAUGAGUGUUUCCACAUUACCGACGAAUGUUUGAAGGAAGGCGAACAAUGGGAGGAAAAGUUCACUCGGGGCGCUCGGCGAUUACACAACUCGAGCGUAGAUGCCUGCCCUGCCUCGCACUCUCACCAUCGUGUUGCGGAGGCUAUGCCAGGCUUUGAUGACAUCGUUGCUGUCGACGAAGUGGACAAGAAGCGCUUGUCUCACGACCUCGAGUCGCAUCCCGCUCUCACGAAGGUAGAUUCGUUGGACCUGCAUCGAAACGACCAGUUGCGGUUACUUCCCUCAUUGUCGCGAGAGAAGAGCCCGCCGCAGAUAGUUGGUCGGUCCGACAUGAUCCCGACACCCUUGCAAAAGGUCGCUGAAGAGGACUCGGAUCCUUUACCUCUAUCUAAACCCACCAUUUCUACGCCCUCCGUCAGUUCCCAGACAUGCAUUGUUACUCCCCAUACUACGGAUAUCGGGGCACUGUAUGACACUAUGGUUGCAGACUCGACCUCACCACAUACCGAACCGUCCACACCAUCGACAUCAUCCGCUACCCCAUCUGUAUCCCAUUCUGCACCACUGACUACACCCGACCUACAUUUAUCAUUGAUACCCUCGGCUCCGAUUCCAAUACCCACGUCGCACCAUGCGCAUCCGCACCCACACCAACGGCUGUCGCCACACUCCCCCUCGCUAAGCCGAGGUUCCCUCCCCCAUUCUGCCGAUCUCCCGGUGCCGCAUUCCCUCGAGUACUUUGCGUCGCCGCACACACCGCACACGCCGCGCACGCCCAAGAGGAAGCGGUCGCUCACACACGUACUUGGGCCUUCGUCUCUUCUUCGGGUAUCUGCUGAGCUGCUCAAGGGCGUGAACGCCGUGAGCGGCUCGCCACCGCUGCCGGUCUGA